AUGAAUAAGGCAGAUCCGGCUGGCGGCCUCUCAAAAUGGGCUGUCUUGCUGACGCGGGCUUCCUCCGACCCGGAUCCUCUGUUUUUUCAGUCUCCACACAGCGUGAGCACCAACAAACCAUCGCGCUCGGAGGCGUACGGCUUCGUGGGGUCCAUCGCCGCGUCCGCCACCGCGCUCGCGUACAUCGCGUGGGCGUACGCGCCGGAGCCGUGGCUCUGCCACAUCGGCGCGACCUACUACCCCAACAAGCGCUGGGCGGUGGCCGUUCCGGCGUUCGUGGCGGUGGCCGUUCCGGCGUUCGUGGCGGUGGCCGUGGCGCAGGGCUUGGUCCUGUACGUCGCGUCCAACUUCCUCCUCGCUCCUCCGCCGGCUUGCUUCAACACCAUCUCCGAUGAGCACGCCCGGGAGCCGGCGUCGUCUUCCCUGCGGACGGGAGCGGAUCAAGCCAUCGAGCCCAUCGCGGACAUCCGCAUCGACCGGAUGAACAAUCUCAUGUUUGGCGAGCAAGGGUUUCAUUCACUUCCAAGAUGAUGGACUCAGCUGAACCCAUCAUGAUUUUU